AUGAAUAAGUAUACAUAAGGCGAGAGGGAAGUUAAAUAUUCAAACGCAGUUCUUUAAGAAAAAUCAGUUUUGAAACUUUGCUGUAUAUAAACUUAAAUAUUGUAAGAGAUACAACAUCAGUUAAGAAUUUUAAACAUGGCAACAACUGUUCAUUAUUAUAAUACUAAAAGUUCGGGCGACGUUAAACCUACUAUAAAACUUGACGAGGUUGAUGCAAAUGAAGGACACUAUGAAGUUAUUACAAGAGAUGGUGAUAUGGAAGAAACUUAUCAAAAAUUGGAAACAGACAGAAAAGUAAACAGUGAUAAAAUAGGAAUGUCGAAGGAGAAACUAGAUAAAACAAAACUUGUAAUAGUUUUGCUAUGUUGUGUUGUGUCCGGUUUAGUAGUGGCAGUCGUGUCAUUGAAUGUCGUUAUAUUUUCUAUACUUGUAACAAAUGGCGAUUGGACGAGUUGGGGAGACUGGGGAGCAUGCAGUGUAACUUGCGGAAUUGGCAUAACUACCCGAAUACGGACAUGUUCAAACCCAAGACCAUCGACAAUGGGACAAUAUUGCGAGGGCAACUCGGAACAAGUGCAAAUAUGUAAUGAUAAUGCUUGUUCAGGUAUAGGUCAAUGGUCUGAAUGGGAAAAAUGGAGUGAAUGUAGCACGACCUGCCAAGGAGCACUUCGUACUCGUUUGAGGAAAUGUACAGUCCCUGUUUUCACCUUAGAUGAAAGAGCAUGCAAUGGCAGUUCAUCACAAAUAGAGAUAUGUAACGUAGAUCCGUGCAUCCGUAACAGUAAUGGGUUUUCUGUACAUGGACCUAAUACAACCUCAACAGGACAUCCACUGACAUUCGAGACAGAACUGUAUAAUGACAGCGAUCUUUUUAACAUGACCACUGGCAUAUUUGUCUGCAAGCAAGAGGGACUCUACUUUUUCAUAUCUACGACGUUAAGGAAUGCUGGAAAUAGCCGAAAAACGGGUUGCUCGUUUUAUAAAAAUGACGUCAAAACCGAAUACUUUUUUAGUUUUGCUGCUACCAAUGAUACAAGAGACUUUCCUUCCGAUACAAGAUCAAUUUUGUAUAAUCUCAAACAAGGCGAUUAUGUUUAUCUUGGUUCAUGCUUUGGUGUAUCAAAUAUGGCCUUUCUUACAAGUUUCACAGGCUUUCUUGUUAGUUCCGUUUAUUGACGUUUUAAAACAACACGUUUUGCUGUUGAACUAAUUAAACUGUCUGGAAAUGACCGUCAUUAUAAUGAUCUUACGUGCCUACAUUGUUUGUUUGUUUGUUUUGGGUUGAACGCCGUUUUUUGAACUUUCCCACAUGAAUCAGAGGUAGAGGACUAAUGAUUUCAGACACAAUGUCGUUUAUCAAACAGUCACGGAGAACAUACGGCCCGCCCGAGGAUCGAACUCACGACUCCGCGAUCCGUAGACCAACGCUCUACCUACUGAGCUAAGCGGGCCGGGUUUUCCCUAGCCGAGGGACAAUAUAUAAAGAAAAAAAAACGUCGGCAAGAUUUCUUUACUAUUCUAGGAGUUUAGUUGGGAAAGCAGUCGUUAUUUUCAUUUAUUGUCGCCAUGAGAUGAUAAGGGUGUUUCCUCGCAUUUCCUCGCUUUAUCUAUAUAGUUUAUGAUGUCACAAUAGUGCUGGUACUAUGCGACGUAGCUUUAGUGCAAGGUUUUUACCUAGGAAGUCAAGAAUUUGUUUGCGCUUGAUCUGACAAAUGUAUAGAUUCAACAGCAGCUGGGCAAGAAAAAUGAAUUUAUGCUUUAAUGGUCUGUCUUCAAAAGGAAUUUUGUUUCGUAGGUAGAUUUAAAAAGUGAUAUUUUAAAUGUUUCUAACAUGCCAUUGACAUAUAUUUUUGUUUCAGUACAUUGCUAACCUAAGUUUCAUUAUAUAUAUAUAUAUAUAUAUUGCUCGAGCAUUCAGCGCAUAAUAAAAUUGAAACUUGUAGUUGAAAAUUACAACUGUCAGUAAAUUACUUUGAUAUAAAUACUAAUGUGUGCUUUUAGCCGAUUGAAACAAUAUUUCUUAUGGUAACCUGUAUCAUAGUAUCCAUUAUAACUUAACUGUUUUUUCUCUGUUUGUUCGACACUUUGAUAUUUUGCUUUAUAAUAGUUUCUAUUUUAACUUAACCUUUAUAUUAUCUUUUCGUUGUCCUGUAUCAUAGUAUCAAUUUAACUUUACUUUUUCAUUACUAGUUAGCUCGGCGCGAACGACAAGAAGAAGAAGAAGAAAGCUCGGCAUGUUUGUAGUCCUGUAUCAUAGCAUCGAUUUAAUUUAAAGCUUACCUUUUUAUCACUUGUUAUUUUGCCAUAUUUGUAAUUCCGUCAUUUUUCGUAGUCCUGUAUCAUGGUACCCAUUUUAACUUUACCUUAUUAUUACCGCUUAGUUCGUCAUUUUUCGUAGUCCUGUAUCAUGGUACCCAUUUUAACUUUACCUUUUAUUAUUACCGCUUAGUUCGUCAUUUUUCGUAGUCCUGUAUCAUGGUACCCAUUUUAACUUUACCUUAUUAUUACCGCUUAGUUUGUCAUUUUUCCUAGUCCUGUAUCAUGGUACCCAUUUUAACUUAUGAUGGCUUAGUUCGUUAUGUUUCGUAGUCCUGUAUCAUGGUAUCCAUUUGAACUUUACCUUUUAUUAUUACCGCUUAGUUCGUUAUGUUUCGUAGUCCUGUAUCAUGGUACCCAUUUUAACUUUACCAUAUAUUACCGCUUAGUUCGUUUGUCAUUUUUCCUAGUCCUGUAUCAUGGUACCCAAUUUAACUUAUGAUGGCUUAGUUCGUUAUGUUUCGUAGUCCUGUAUCAUGGUACCCAUUUGAACUUUACCUUUUAUUAUUACCGCUUAGUUCGUUAUGUUUCGUAGUCCUGUAUCAUGGUACCCAUUUUAACGUUACCAUAUAUUACCGCUUAGUUCGUCACUUUUCGUAGUCCUGUAUCAUGGUACCCAUUUUAACUUUACCUUUUAUUACCGCUUAGUUCGUCAUUUUUCGUAGUCCUGUAUCAUGGUACCUUUUUAACUUUACCUUUUAUUAUUACCGCUUAGUUCCUCAUUUUUCGUAGUCCUGUAUUAUGGUACCCAUUUUAACUUUACCUUUUAUUAUGACCGCUAAGUUUGUCAUUUUUCCUAGUCCUAUAUCAUGGUACCUUUUUAACUUUACCUUUUAUAAUUACCGCUUAGUUCGUAAAUUUUCGUAGUCCUGUAUCAUGGUAUCCUUUUUAACUUUACCUUUUAUUAUUUCCGCUUACUUCGUUAUGUUUCGUAGUCCUGUAUCAUGGUAUACAUAUUAGCCGAAAUCUGACAAAAAUUAUCUUCUUUGCAAGUUCGUUUGAUAGUGCUGAAGGAAAAAUAUGACAGUUUUUGAUAAUGUCAGGAAUUUGAAACUGAAAUAUUUGCUUUGGUAUCGAAUUCUCUUAUUGUCCGUUUGUCGAUUGUUUUAUAUAAUAAAUAUUGAAUUUUAUUUUCAUUUUGUCUACCAUUUGGCAUUUAACCCAAAGUAAUUUUGCUGAUUCAGAGUCCCUUUUAUAUUUCUUUCUUACUAUAGUAAAUAAAGUCAUGUUGAUUUUCAGAGAUCAUACUAAAGCAAAAACUAUAAUGGUAUGUUUUUCACAAUGAUUAGACUUGUUAUUGUUCCAAAUUAAGAAAAUAGACAUUUAUUGUUUUGUUAAAUCUUUGUUCAAUUUCAUGUAUUAACAUUGUAGCGUCAAACGCAAACGUUGUAUCUUUAAAAGUUGUUUUUCAUCCUAACUUCUGUAAAAUACUGAUAUUUGUAUGAUUUAGUUUGGGUGUUACAAAAAUUUGACACCAAAAUCGAAAGUGAGAUGUAUACUUUGCAACUUUUCUAACACUGGUUUUUGUUAUUACAUUUUUAUCACCGUCAAAUACUGACAUAUUUGAGCAAACAUUAGAAAGAACAUUGAACGAUCAGUAACCGUUAACCCUGAACGUAAAGACAGUCACAUAAUAAGUGCAUCUGGGUGCUGAGCGGUGUAAAAAGUUUCCCUUUCAAAAUUCCAGUUUGUUUAGUUCUACCCAUUGUUUUCUCGUUUAGGACAAACCCAUUCUUUUAUCUGGGGAUCAUACGCCACUUUAAAUGGAAUUACAUGCUAGUGUAUCAUUGAAGGUUCCAUGUGCAUCGCCAUAUGAACACAUCUGCGGAUGUCUCUAAAUUGUUUUUUAAUUUUUUAAUUUUAGCAUGUGCAAAUGUUGAGUUCUGCUCAAGCCGGGGCUAGAGGGCGUGGACGGUAGCAUGCAUUUCCACUACCGUGCAUGAACAGGCUCAAUCAAACCGAGCCUGCAAAAUUUUCGUUUUUGUCGUGUUGAGAGACCUGUGGAGUUUCCACUUUUUCUAUUCUAUCUGAAACGUUAGACAUUUUUGCGGCCAAUUUGACAAAAAUGUUACAAUAAGUAAUAGCAUCCUUCAAAUACAAGUAUUUCAGGUGUACUCCGAUGCUCAUACUCGCUUUUACUUGAUUUUUGUUUUCAAGAUGGUUUUAUUUUCUUAAAACUGUGUGUUUAUCAAAUACUAUACAUUAAUGAAUUUUGAGUAAAUCAUGGUAAAUAAAGAUAAUAUUAAAAACAUGUGGCGUAUUGUAGAUAUGUUAAAUGAGAAGAAUUGGGAAAAAGGUGGGUAUAAAAGGCAGCAAGUGGUGUUGGCGAAAAGGAUGCGUAAAAAUGGCGGGAAAUAGAAGUUACGAAGAUGUUACAUGGAUGUUACUUAUUUUAAAUGUGUCUAACAGGAAAAGCACUAUUAUAAAGAGAUGACAUGUGGAAUAAGUAUCUUGUGUAUAUACUUAUUGCUUACUGGAAUGCUUAUCGGAUGUUACGUAAUGCUACAUUAUGUUACCUGGUAUUUUUCGAUCUCUUCAGAUCGUUUAGCACGACAUUUAUGCUGUGUAAGUGUACUAUUUAAUUUUCAAGCCUGACCAUUCCGCACCGUUCGGUUCCAUUACUCCCGCUUUAAAAGCGUUUGGUAUUGUUUAAUCACACCUUGAAUAUGAUGCCUGCUUUUCAACUUUGUUACGCCAUAACCACAGAUCCCCUCUCUACAAUCAAGUUUCUUUAGCUC